ACAGUUUGCACAGAAUAAAAAUAAAAGUGAAAGAAAAUAUCUUGUGUGCGCGUAACAAAUUUCUCUAAUUGAAGAAGAAAAUUUUGUAAUUUCACAACAAUUUUUUUUAUUAAAUAAUAACCACUUGGAAAAUAUUAACAAAACCUUUGGAAAAUGUCCCUAACCAGAGCCUCACGUUUAUUGCAAAGUCAAUUGAAACGUGUACAAAGUGUCCCAGCCGCUUUCUAUCAUGAAAAUGUGGUUGAACACUACGAAAAUCCCCGUAAUGUUGGCUCUUUAGAUAAAAAAGAUUCCAGUGUUGGUACCGGUUUAGUGGGUGCCCCCGCCUGUGGUGAUGUCAUGAAAUUACAAAUUAAAGUCGAUGAAAAUGGCAAAAUUAUUGAUGCUAAAUUCAAAACUUUUGGUUGUGGUUCAGCUAUAGCCAGUAGUUCAUUGGCUACCGAAUGGGUUAAGGGUAAAACUAUUGAUGAGGCGGGUAAAUUGAAGAAUACCGAUAUUGCUAAGGAAUUACGUUUGCCACCCGUCAAAUUGCAUUGCUCAAUGUUGGCUGAGGAUGCCAUUAAAGCAGCAUUGGCUGAUUACAAAGUUAAGCAGCAAAAGAAGGACAAAUAAGGAGAUAUCCUUUUGUUAUUAAAAAUCAAAUAGUUGUUGCUAAACAAAAAGAAAAUUUGUAGUUUUUUAGUCAAAUAAUAUAUGAUAGUUUAUUCCUAACACUUUA